CUGUAUUUCAUCCUUAAUCCACUUUAUUUCCCACUAAUCCCAUCACCCUUUUCUUUCUGUUUUCGGGACUUUUAUUUGUUCUAAACCAUGGGGAUUGUCCUGGAGCUUUUUAUGACAGCUUUUAUUGCUCUUGUUUUUUCGUUUUUCAUUGCCAAGAUUGUUUCUUUGGCGACGGGUGUUUCUGGGGUGGAUGGGAAGCCUUUGGUUGAUGCUGAUGAUGCGAUCAUGAUGCAAGGCUUGAAAUUCGCUGAUAAAUUGGAAGUUCAGGGCAUUGCGAGUGAAAAGAAAGUUGAUUUCGUUCAGGGAAGCGGUGACAACAAGGUCGAUGUUUUCGAACCAGAACAAGCUGGGGUUGGUGAUCGGGGUUUUGUUGAAUGCGUUGAAGGGAGCGGUGAAAGAGUAGUGGUAGAUGAAUUUAAAGCUGGAGAAGGGGAGGGCGUUGAAAGUUCGAAACUUGAAGGUUUUGAAAGUGAGAAGGAAGUUGAAUUUAUGCAAGAGACGGCCAAGAUAGUCGAUGAUCUCGGAGCCGAAAAGAAGAUUGAAUAUAUUGGUGAAGGGAUAGAGGCUGAAAACGAAACCAAAAUGCAGUCUGAAGAGAAUCAAGUGAAAGGGAUUGGGGAAGAAGAAAAGGGGGCGAAACUAGAGAAUGAUGAUGAAGAUGACGAUUGGGAAGGGGUAGAGAAGAGUGAAUUGGAUAAGGCUUUCGGAGCAGCUGCCAAGUUCGUUGAGCAGAAAGGAGAUUUGGGUAUGGGGAAUGAUGUUCAAAUGCAACUUUAUGGACUCCACAAGAUUGCAACAGAAGGGCCUUGUCAUGAGCCUCAGCCACUGGCUUUCAUGGCUUCUUCUCGCUCCAAAUGGAAUGCUUGGCAAAGGCUGGGGAACAUGGAUCCGGAGGCGGCUAUGGAGCGGUAUGUUACCCUUCUUUCAGACAGAUUUCCAGGGUGGAUGGAAUACGAUUUUGAUGGAGAGCGAAAUGUUGAAUCUACAGACGCAGGCUUUCCUGGUUCCAUUUCUGCAGAUAUAAAUUCAUUUCCAGAUAAGCAGGCCGUUUUUACACAUGAAAGGAAUGCGGACUUGAAAUCUGCUCCUGGAGGUGGUGACAUAACUGAGAGUACAAGCUCUGAGAAGCAGGUAUUAUCUUCAUUUCAUCUCCUCCCUAUCUAACAUACAUGGAUCGAAACAUGCCAUGUUACCAGACAAGCAAAAACACCAGAGGAUCUAAGUGCAAUGAGAAUUAGUCAUAAAUCUAAAACAUAUAAAACAUCGGCCUCUUAAGAAGGAAAAUAAUCAAAACCGGAUGGCUUACUAAUAUAUGUGGUGGAUACAAUUUUAGGCCAUUUCUUCUUUUAUUUGACAGCUUAACAUUCCUUUUAUAUCAUCCUGUACCAUGUUGAAGGAAGAGCAGUAGAAAUCUAGUAGUAACUGGAGAUUUUAGCUGGUCUGCAAUUGCAUGCAUAACUUGAGAAAAGAUAAUUUAAUUUGCUCUUCAUUUUCUGGCUGUCCGGUGGCUGAAUUGCCUAAAUGGAAAUAGCUUUCACAUGACCUAUUUUUGUAUUUGAAAAUGUCGAACUUGAACUAAUGUCUGCCAUACUCCUGGAACUUAAUAGAAAGCACCUAAGCAUCCGUGAGAGGCGCAAAACACGUAAAACAUUUCUCUUAUUCUGGACCGAGCUUCUUGCGUGCUUUUGUCACUCAUGAAAACAACCCCAUUCAUCUUUUUAGCAGCAAAUGAUGUUGUUUCUUUAUCAUGCUACUGAAACAUCAGUAGCCAUUUCUAGUUACAUAAAAAAAGUCCAUUCCGGCUGUAUAUGUAAUUACCAUAAGCCUCCAAGAAUGUGAAGCUGAAGCUCAUUUCUACCAUAUUUUUAACUCAACAGCUUGAUCGAUGAUUCUAUAUCGAAUAAAUACUACUUCAAAUGUAAACAGGUUCAGCAUUUUGUGUUCUUUACUGAUCUGGAUGACAUCUAGGACUAAGCUUUUUGAGUACUUAUUUGAUCAGAAUGUUCCUUUUCAUCAUUGAGUUAGAAUAUAAAUAACAUUAUUUAUUAUGAAAUUUCAGGGCAAAGACUGAUUAACACUGCCCCACUUCAUCCCCCGGACCAUAGGGGCCAUUCUCCUGGG